AUGGGAGUGAAGGUUGAGCUUAUGAGCAAAGAAGUGAUAAAACCAGCAACGCCAACACCUGAUCAUCUCCGAACACUUGAACGCACUCUUUUCGAUCAGGUCAUGCCACAAAUUUACAUAAACGCAAUCUUCUUCUACUCAAAAACAUCCAACGACCAAACCCUAACAACCCUUUCUCAGCGUCUGAAGAAUUCUCUGUCCGAGAUUCUCACUCGCUUCUACCCGCUUGCCGGACGAAUGGAAGGUGUCUCUGUCAACUGCAACGACGAAGGAGCUUUGUUCACGGAGGCUCGAGCCGAUACCCUUCUCUCGGAUUAUCUGACAAACCCAGAUGCCGUUUCGCUCAAGCAACUCAUCAUCAACCCGUGUGAUCGUUUAGAUCCGGGCUCAUGGCCACUGCUUCACGUCAAGGUAAGUUUCUUUCGAACCGAAGGAGUGGCUGUCGCUGUAAGUGUUUCUCACGAGAUUUUCGAUGUGGCCUCGUUCUUGGCGUUUGUUCGGAGUUGGGCCGAUAGUAUAAGAGGGUGUGCUGUAGCGAGUCCCCAAUUCAUAGCUUCGACUUUCUAUCCUCCUGCUGAUCUUUCUUACGAGUUUCCUCCACUGCUGCCAAACGGAGAUAACUUCAUAACGAAAAGGUCCGUUUUCGAUCCUUCUAAGAUCAAAGAGCUGAAAAGUCGAGCUGCUAGUGAACAUGUACCGGAUCCUACUCGUGUAGAAGCCGUCGAGGCACUUCUCUUCAAGGCAAUAAAAGCAUCGAGAUCGAACGAGCCAUUCGCCACAACACAAACCAUGAACCUGCGGCCUAGACUCGCUUCUGCCCUCGCGCCAAACGCGAUGGGGAAUUUCUUUUACUUGCCUUUACUGACGGAAGACUCUGAGGGCGAGAUGAAAAUCGCUAAGACGGUGAUAAAGUUAAGGAAAACAAAGGACGAACUUAGCGAGAUAAUCAAAGAAGAUCAUUCCCACGGCACGACAAGAACUACUAGUACUGCCGAGCUCGGUGAGAGGGUGGCGAGCGAGAUGCUGACGUCAUUGUGCGAGUUAAGCCCUGAAAUGGACAAAUACCUCGUGACCAGUUUGUGCAGAAUGCCCUUUUACGACGUCGAUUUUGGAUGGGGACGUCCGGUUUGGGUCGCGACUUACGCCUACGAGACACCGAAGAUGUGCAUAUUGAUGGACGCAAGGGAUGGCGAAGGGAUAGAAGUGUGGGUGAAUUUUCCCGAAGGACACAUGCUUGCGUUUGAGCACGACCAAGAUUUGCUUUCUUUCGCCACUCCAAACCCUCGCAUUUAG